CACUCCACAGCCGUCUGUGGCCAUGAAUUCCACAGAUUCUCCGCCGUCUGACUAAUGAAAUUCCUCCGCAUCUCUUUUCUAAAGGUACGUCCUUUUACUCUGAGGCCGUGCCCUCUGGUUCUAGACUCUCCCAUUAGUGGAAACCUCCUCUCCACAUCCGCUCUAUCCAGGCCUUUCACUAUUCGGUAAGUGUCCCUUCAUCCUUCUUAUCUCCAGCGAGGACGGGCCCAGUGCCGUCAAACGCUUGUCAUAUGUUAACCCAGUCAUUCCUGAGCUUCACAGUGUAUAGGAAGGGACUGCAGAUGCUGGUUUACACCCAAGAUAGACUGUAGUGCUGGCCCCUGGUUUGACACACGCGGUGAUCUUGCUGGAUGGAACCGCAGGCUAGCGUGGUGGCGCAGCGAUAGAGUUGUUGCAUCACAGCACCAGAAACUCGGGUUUGAUCCUGACACGAGUGCUGUCUGUGCGGAGUUUGUACGUUCUCCCCGUGACCACACGGGGUUUCUUCGGGAAGCUCUGGUUUCCUCCCACACUCCAAAGAUGUGCAGGUUUGUAGGGUUAAUUGGCUUGGUAUAAAUGUAAAUUGUCCCCAGUGUGUGUAGGAUAGUGUUAGUGUGCGGGGAUCGCUGGUCGGUGCAGACUCGGUGGGCCGAAGGAACUGUUUCUCUAAACUAAACUAAACAACUGAAGUGAAAAGCACGGUGAGGAGGGGCAGAGUGGCCUCUGUGCUGGUGGCCCCUGUGUGGGUGUGUAUCCAGGGCCAGGGGAGUGUGAGCUUCCCCAUUCUGCGGGAGGCGGUGGAGAAGCUGUUUCACUCUGAUGCGAGCAGCUAUAAUCAGGGUUCCUGCAGCUUCUCCACACUGACUAAUUAUUGCUCCGUGACUUCCUCCCUCUGGCCACAGCCUCGCUAUCCGCUGGGUGACUCUGCAUACUUCCCAGUAAUUAGCAGCAUCUGUAACGCUGCCUAGCGCGGGACGGGGUGGGGGCAGGAAGUGGUGGAGGUCCCCGUCCUACAUUUACCGUUCCCUCUCUCUCUCUCUCCCACCCAGACUGUGACCGGCACCGGUUCGGGCUGAACCACCGCGGUCUCCCUGCUUCUCCCCGUCACAGCCCCCUGCCACACUCCGGGGCCGUCUCCUCCCGCCUCCGGGGCUGCUGCCUACUCACUGCGGGCUCCUCUACUGCGAGAGAGCGUUCUCUCCAAACAAUCUGCCAUCCGGGACUCCACGACCACUGUGUCAACUGUCAGUGACAGCUCGGCCUCACAGUAUCUCCGUCCGCACUGAGGCCUAACAUCGAGGAGUUGCGGGCCUCUGUUGGAGACCGACCGGGAGCUCCAACCGCGGGAGUCUGUCGACGACAUCGUGGAGCUCGCUGUUCCUGGUUUGUGACCGACUUCGGGAGCUUCAAGCUGCAGGGGCUUCGACCGCCACGACACGGGGGCUUCGACCGCCGCGACACGGGGGCUUCGACCGCAGCGACGGAUGGUUUGCCUGCCCCUGACUGCGGGAGAAUAAAGAGGAAAGAAGAUUAGACUAUAUUGCCUUCCAUCACAGCUGUUGUUUGUGCUGGGAAUCACACGGCGGCCAUGAAGAGGACUGUUGGCACGGUGAACAAGCCGAGUGCCCGGGGAAUGCCAGCUGCCCCAGCGGCAAUGAAACCAUCCCCAGCUGCCCGCUCGCUCCGCAGACCCACGCAGCUCCGUGAGACGGGCAGUCAGGCCGGGCCUGAGGUGACGCCGCCGACAACGGCAAGAUCCCGGGGUCUGGGAGCUGUGACUCCACUCAGCGGCACCAAGAGCAAGGGUCCAGGGAUGUUGUCUGGGCCGCGAGCUGCCCCAGCCCGUGUGUCAGGGCGUAAGGAGGGGGUGGGCUGUGGACAGGCAGGUGUGCGGGUCAGCUCGCUGCCAGUGCGGGGGUCGGCGGGACAGAGGCUGGCAGCCCCCCACAGCCCCCUAGGACAGAGUAGACGCAUGGCGGCCCCCCCAGCCCGGGGCAGGGGUCUGGGGCCCAGCUCCCCCACUGACCGGGGCCACCCUAACCCCCGUGCCACCCCCCACCCCUCUCACCUCCGCCCCACCCUCCGCCCCGACGCCUCCCGCCUCCGACCUGUCACCGACCCCCCGCCCUCUUACCCCUGA